AUGUCUUUCCUUCUAGAGUUCAAUUCGGCGCAGCACUUUGCGGAAAGACAGCAGCAGCAGCAGCAGCAGCAGCAGCAGCAGCAGAGUCAGCAGCAGCAGCAGCAGCAGGAAGCCACCCGUGCAGCAGCUCUUGAGGCGAGCAGCAGCAGCAGCAGCAGGACUGCUGCCCGCAGCAGCAGCAGCAGCAGCAGGAACAACAGCCGCAGCAGCAGCAGCAGCAGCUGCGUUGGCAACGGCCUCGGCAGCAGCAGCGCGAAACCCAUAACAACCUGCAAUCGUCCCAGCAGCAGCAGCAACAGCAGCAGCAGCAACAGCAGCAGCAGCAAUUGCAGCAGCAGCCGCGACAGCAACAGCAGCAACAAAGGCGGCAGCAACCGCAGCAGCAACAGCAGCAACAGCAGCAGCAGCAGCAGCAGCAGGCGCAACAACCAUAGCAGCAGCAGCAGUAGAAUCAGCCGCAGCAAGCCCAGCAACAACUACAGCAGCAACAGGAGCAGCAGGAGCAACAGCAGCAGCAGCAGCAACGCAGCAACCACAACACCAACAGCAGCAGCAGCAGCACCCACACGAGCAGCAUCAUCAGCAGCAACCACAUCAGCAGCAUCCGAAGCAGCAUCAGCAGCAGCAGCAGCAGCAGCGUUAGCCACAACAGCAGCAGCAGCAGCAACACCCGCUGCAGCAACCACAGCAGCAGCAGCAGCAGCAGCAGCAGCAGCAGCAGCAGCAACACCCGCUGCAGCACCACAGCAGCAGCAGCAGCAGCAGCAGCACCCGCUGCAGCACCACAGCAGCAGCAGCAGCAGCAGCAGCAGCAGCAGCAGCAAUGGCAGCACGGAACCCGGGCCCGAAGCUGAAUCCCGUGCCGCUAGGGUUUCCUUCUUUCAACAACAGAGUCCACCGGGAUAA